AGUACUUUGAAUAUUUUCCAGAAUGUUGCUGGCACUCAUUAUUUGCAUCAGUUCAGCGGUUAUUUCGACCACGGCUCAAGAAAAAAUCGACAACUCAACCAACGCAAACAACGUCAUCCCACAACCUCCGAUAAAUUGUCACUCGCAUUCAAUGAAAAAUGCAAAAGUGGUUAAAAUUUGGUUCUCGAAAGCAACUGCGUGCGAGAAUAUUCCCGUCGAAAAUGGAAAUCUCGGCAACGAUGAGUUUAACAAGUCGGAGGAUUGUUGGAAUUUGCUGCAACAACGACAAGCCUUGUUGAGUCUUUUGGUUCAAGAUUUUCAACUGGAUGUUUUGAAAGCAGUUGAUGUGGAUUCGGCGGUUGUCCUAGUUCCGGGUGACAAAUGGGGAAAUCUGAAGGAUUUGCUGGACAAACAAAGAGAUUCUAAGAACAAUGAGACAUGGUUGAGCUACACUCUCAUCACACCAGACCUUUACCCAAUGCUCCAAGGCAUUCGCCAGCAUCAGUCACUGCUGUCAGGGCACGAAAAGCGACCCAAGCGCCAGGCUCAUGUCAGAAAUAUGCUCAGGGCCGGUGGCAUUGAUCCCGACGACUUUCCUGAAGAAGGAACCCUGAAUGGCUUCGAGGACGGCGAAGGCGGUUUCAAUUUCGACGACUACCACGAGUCCAAGUUCAUGAAUGACCAGAUGAAACGAUGGGUCCAAGAAAACAAGGACAUUGCGAGGUUGGACGUUGUGGGAGAGUCUCAGGACGUGAAGGACCCCAUUUACAGGCUGCGACUGGGCUUGCACAAACGCAGGAAUAAUUUGAGGAACACCAGACACGUCUUUUUGGAAGGAGGGAACCAUGCCAGAGAGUGGAUAACACCGGCAGCAGUCAUGUUCUUGGCCCAGAAUCUGAUCGACACUCAUCGACGACUCCAUCACGGAAAGUGGCUCAACAGAAACGGGAACAAGAAUUUCACUGAAAGCGGGCAUUUGCAAGAUGAAGAGCAUGAUGAAGAUGUGUGGAACCCGUUGGAACAUUUCACUUUCCACUUGGCUCCGAUGACCAAUCCUGACGGAUAUGAUGCGUCACUCCGCGAUCCGGAACUGCGAUUCUGGCGCAAGAACCGGAACCCGAAUGCGGUACCCGAGAACGUGGAUAAAUGCAUUGGAGUAGACCUCAAUCGUAACUUCGGUUUCCGCUGGGGUGCGCUCGGGGCGUCGCCCGAAUUUUGCUCCGAAGCAUACCGAGGAGCUAGCGCCGCUUCAGAGUCUGAAACAAAGGCAGUGCAAAAUGCGAUUAUGUCUAUGCCGAAUAGAGGUCGCGCCAUUGCCAUCAGCGUUCAUUGUUGUGCCGGUAUGGUACUCAUGCCGUAUGGAUACAGGAUGCGACUACCGGAUAAUCAUAAGGAGUUGCUUAGAAGUGGUAUGCGGUUUGCUAGAGCUGCAGCUGACGCGUCUCCGGAUGGCAGACGAUUUCAUUUCACUGUCGGGGCCAGCAGUUUUACUCUUUACCCAGCAUCCGGAAUGAUGUCUGACUUCGCUUACGGGGCAGCCCAGAUCCCGAUGACUUUCGGGAUAGAAUUGCCGGAAUCCGGCCCAGGAUUAUUUCUGAACCCUCCAGAGGACAUUCAACACAUCGGAACUGUGUUCGUAGCUGGAAUGAAAUCAAUGUUGAAAGGAAUCUUGGAGGACAGUGGACAAAAGGGGCGAGAGGGAACUGGAGGAGAUCGACACAAACCCGACAGCAACCUGGGCACCGGAUAUUAAAUUCAGACCCAAGCUCGCUGAAAGUUUAUCUAUUCCGUCAAAACUUUGUCUUUAUUGCUUAUCAAGAAAAAAAUACGUCAUAAAAUCGAAGCAAUAAAAAAGACAAAACAUGUUUUUGAAUCAACAGCUUAAAUACAAUAGCAAAAUGUUUCGCAAUUGGGGAUAAAAUACAAAUCAAGAAGAAAAUUGCUGCGAAGAUUCAGUUUCAACUUUCGCAAUAUUUCGUUGUUUAACAAAUACGUAUCGAUAUAUUCAUCCCAUAAAUUAAAAGGUGGAUCUUCAUAUUGUUUUCUAUAUCCAAGUCAGGACAUCAACCAACAUUUUUAGAAAUGUGCCACUGAAAUUGAUUGUAAUAUAUAGAUGCUGGUUGAAAAGCGUUAAAAAUAUCGAAAGGUUUCUUGCAAAUGAAUUCAAUGCACUAGCCGAAAAUGAAUGAACUCUUUCAAUGCUUGAAAAUGAGCAGCAGUGUUUAUAUUUCAAAUUUUUUUUCAAAUCCUGUGCUGAAACGAAUGCAAUCGAUUUAAAAAAAAAGGAAUUGCUUUCGCGAAAAUCGCUCAUGAAUAUAAUUUUUCACAAUCGCCACGCAAUAAAAAUCAUCCGCUGCAUCACAAAAACGAAAAAACA